AUGGCUACACAGUCACUGCCAAAAGUUGUGAUAAAAGGCACCAACAAGAUAUUUCUAAAUGAUCGCUUUACUAAUAUGCUGAAGAACAAACAGCCGAUGCCAGUGAACAUUCGGGCUUCGAUGCAGCAGCAGCAGCAGCAGCAGCUAGCCAGUGCUAGAAACAGAAGACUGAACCUGCAGAUGGAGAAUAGACCGUAUGUCCAGGCAGUAUUAAAACUUAAGCAGAGCUCAAAGCAACUCCUGGUGGAACCGAGCCACUAUUCCCCUUGUGAAAACGACACCACAUAUAAAUUCCAACAAAUAGAUAAGUCUGUACGCAAGAAUACCUUUUCCAAGAUCAUCGUAGCGGGCCUCAUUUCAGAGUCAUCCAUUUAUUCCUUCCCAUAUCUUUUGCCUCUGGAUGGAGCUGCUCCAGCCAGCUAG